AAAGCAAUAACUCAAAAUGGUAUUAUCAAGAUCAGUUCAAUAUGGAUCCACUACUUUACUGGUUCAUAUUUGUUACGUUAAUAUGUACGCUAGGUAUUCUAGGAAGUUACUUAAUGUUUUCUAUAAUAAGAGAUAGCUGUUUUAAGAGAAAGAAACAAAAAGAUACUGUGAUGGUAAUAUAUGAACCAGAUUUUCAUCCAGCAUGUCUGAGUAAGUUACAGUAUGAUAAACAUGAUGUUGAAGAUUUAACGAGAAUCGAAAGAAAUUUCAAGACGGGGUUUAGAAGACUAAGUUUUCAAAAUGAAGUAUUUGGUAAGCAGUUUGAAGGAUUAUUGGGUGAGAAAAGACAAUCUGUUGACAAGGAAAGUGAUGUGUUUGUAUCUACCAACACUCUUGACAAAAGCAUUACAUCAAUUACAGAAGAAGAUGAAGAAUCAGACGAUAGUUUUGAUCGAGAUACUGUCAGCGUAGACAUUGAAGUAUCAGACGAGGUGAGAGAAGUUUUAAGAAUCGAAAAAGAAGCCAAGAAGGUAGAGAAAGAAAUGAACAAGUUUGUAGGUGGUACAAACGAUUUACAAUAUUACGAAAUCAAUGAGAAGUAUAUAAAAUUAAUGAUUUCUCUUUGUGAUAUGGAAUGCAGCUCCAUCGAGUGCAGAAAACACAAAAACAUAGUUUUAAAUUAUAUCGAACAAUGUCAGAACCAACUCAAAUUAAAAUCUCUGAAAUCUAAAUAAUUAUUGUGAUUUACUUGGAGAUGUAAUUAUUAUAAAUAUAAUAUAAAUAUAAGUUUACUAUUAACAGUAA